UACAAAAAAGAUGGUGUUGUGCUUUGGCCUUUGUGAGUCAAUAUAUCUGUAACUCCUACGAAAUUUCUUCAUAAGUUUCUUGCUAGCCUUCCUUUUUUGUCUCUACUGUCUCGUCUUCCGUCGAAGUAGGGAUCGUCUUUCACGUCUUUGUCACCGGCGACCAUCUCACGGCAACACCAUCUGUUACACGCAAAUCGAUUCAAUCUCUGAUUAUACUCGAUCGUUUACUUUUGAGUUGUUGGAUUUUGAUUUUCAGAUAGAGUCCAAUUGCUUUAUCUCCAAGAAGAAUUAGGCAUUUGUCUGGUACCAGUUCUAUUUUAGGUGAUGGAUACAAGCAAUUGGAGGUUUCAGCUGCAAGCAGCUUCAAGGCGAAGGAUGGUGAACAGGAUAGUGGUUACCUUGAAGAGGCAUCUUCCAUACUCUGGACAAGAGGGUUUAGAUGAACUUAAUAAAAUAGCAGUGAGAUUUGAAGAGAAGAUUUAUAAUGCUGCAACAAGCCCGGUUGAUUAUUUGCAGAAGAUAUCAUUGAAGAUGCAGAGCAUGGAACCUAGUGAUUGGAGGGCUCAGCUGCAACCAGAUUCACGACAAAGGAUUGUGAACAAAAUAAUGGAUACCUUGAUGAGGUGUCUUCCAGAUGAGGGGAUACAUGAACUUAAGGAAAUGGCCGACAGGUUGGAAGGCGAUAUUUAUACUGCUGCAACAACUACAAGCCAGUCUGAUUAUUUGCGAAAGAUAUCCUUGAAGAUGUUGACCAUGGAGGCUCGAUCACAAAAGUCAAACUAUGUUGCUAAUAGUGUAAACCCCUCAGGUUCAGGCUCUCAGGUAAUGCAGCAAGUGAACAUCCAAGGGUUUCCACUUCCUAUUUGUGUCCCCUCUUAUCAUCCUCAACAAGGACAACAACUUUUUUCCUCUCAAACCAUGCACAAUAACAUCAUUUCAAAUGGAAAGCGAGAGCAUGAAGAGCUUCCCAUGACUCUCAAGCACCUGAUUAUUGUCUUCACUUGCUCUUCAGCCGUUGAUGACUCCUCUUUUAAUAUUAUGGAAAAUGGUGAAUGGAGGGCUCAGCUGCAACCAGAUUCACGACAAAGGAUCGUGAACAAAAUACUGGAUACCUUGAAGAGGCAUCUUCCAUUCUCUGGACAUGAGGGGCUAAAUGAACUUGUGAAAAUAGCUGUGAGGUUUGAAGAAAAGAUUUAUACUGCUGCAACAAGUCAGUCUGAUUAUUUGCGAAUGAUAUCCUUGAAGAUGUUGAGUAUGGAAAGUAGAUCAUUACAAAAUGCUAAUAUGCCUGGUGUGGGUCCACAUUUUCAAUGACACGGGGUUUAGCCAAAAGACUUGAAGACUAAAUGCAGCUGCCAAGCACUUGUGGGACGUAAAUUAAAUUGGGCAAUGUGUAAAAUUCGAUUGAUAAUAUAUAUGGAACAAUGGUUAAUAUAUUUUUUUUUACAAAAUAUUUGGAAAAUAGUUGUAAAGAAUUAUAUCUAAUAAGAAUUGUGGAAAUCCCUCUUACCUAGGGAUGAGUAUAUUGAUCAUUAUAUAUAUAUAAAGUUCAUUUACAA